UCUGCAAAGUUUGCAGCCGGCCUGGCCGGAGCUCGCCGCCCCCGCCGGGCCUUUUGCACACGGGCCCCCGGCGCUUCACACGGGCCGCGGCCGGGGCCAGAUAAAGAGGCGGCUGCGAGCCCGGCGCGGGGGGUGGCUGGAGCAGGGGGACCCUCGGAGGGGACCUGGAGCCGGAGCCGGAGCCGAGCGCGCCCCGGCAGGUGGGGAUGGCGGACGGGGAGGAGAAGCGGCACCUGCUGGAGGAGCCCAGAGACAGGUCCUAUCUGAGCGUCUCCGAGAAGAACUUUCACAAUUCCAUGCUCAAGUACAUUCCAGACACGUCCUCCAUCGAGCUGGGCCUCCCGGGGAACCAGCAUUGUCAUUCCAGCCGGGCCGCUGGCAGCCACUAUGAUUCUGAAAAGCAGCGGGCUCGAAGGAAACUCUACAUCGCAUCCGUGAUCUGCCUGGUCUUCAUGACCGGAGAAGUCAUAGGGGGAUACCUGGCGCACAGCCUGGCCAUCAUGACAGACGCCGCCCACCUGCUGACGGACUUCGCCAGCAUGAUGAUCAGUCUCUUUUCCCUGUGGAUGGCCUCGCGGCCGGCUACCAAAACCAUGAACUUUGGCUGGCACCGAGCAGAGAUCCUGGGGGCCCUGCUCUCGGUGCUGUCGAUCUGGGUGGUGACCGGAGUCUUGGUUUAUCUGGCAGUGGAGCGUCUGCUCUCGAACAACUACGAGAUCGAAGGGGGCGCCAUGCUCAUCACCUCCGCCUGCGCUGUGGCGGUGAAUAUCAUAAUGGGAGUCACUCUUCACCAGUCGGGUCAUGGGCACAGCCACCACGGCCAUAGCCACCACGGGCACAGCAAGCAGCGGAACACCAGCGUCCAGGCCGCCUUUAUCCAUGUGGUCGGGGACCUGCUGCAGAGCGUUGGCGUCCUGGUAGCUGCAUACAUCAUAUAUUUCAAGCCAGAGUAUAAAUACGUAGACCCCAUCUGUACCUUCCUGUUCUCAAUCCUGGUCCUUGGAACGACGCUGACCAUCCUCCGGGAUGUCGUCCUUGUGCUGAUGGAAGGGACCCCAAAAGGGGUGGACUUCAACAACGUGAAGGAGAUCUUGCUGUCCAUCAACGGUGUGAAAGCCCUUCACAGCCUCCACAUCUGGGCCCUGACUGUCUCGCACCCGGUGCUGUCAGUCCAUAUCGCUAUCAAUGAAAACGCCGACGCCCAGACAAUCUUGAAGGAGGCUAGUUCCCAACUGCAAGGGGCGUUCAACUUCCACACCACCACCAUCCAGAUUGAGAACUACUCGGAGGAUAUGAGAGACUGCCGGGAGUGCCAGAGCCCCUCUGACUGACCACCUCUCUACACGAGGGGUGGGGGGGAUUGAUGACCAACUGUGGACCAACCGUCCUGGGAACGCUGCUACCUCAGAGCGCCUUUGCUGCUGCCAGAAUAAGGACGUGCCGUGGUCAAGUGCCUGUUUGGAGGCAGCAGGGUGCCAAUCCCUGGGGCAUUGGGAUGAGGUGAUUUGACCGUGUUCUCUCCUGCACUGUGUUAGAGAGACCGUAACAUUUUCUUUUCUUUUCUUUUCUUUGCUUUUUAUUUCACUUUCAUCCCAUCCCGAACAGGGAGCAUCACUUUUAAUAUUCUGAAAAUAAAGCAGAUCAAAUGAC